AUCAAAUUAUGACAUCAUCACCCAAAGGAAUUUUCCGGCCAUUUCUGUUUAUCUUCAUUGUGCUGGGAUGCUUCAUGGCAUGUCUGCUUAUUUAUAUCAAACCGACAAACAGCUGGAUAUCUGGUCCCAUUGAAUCAGCCAGCUCUGUUCUAAAAAUGAAGAACUUCUUCUCCACCAAAAAUGAUUAUAUCAAUGAGACAACUAUUCUGAUAUGGGUAUGGCCGUUUGGCCAGACAUUUGAUCUGAAAUUCUGCCCAACAUUUAACAUCCACGGGUGCCAUCUGACUACAGACCGCACACUAUAUAACCAGUCUCAUGCCGUUCUUAUUCACCACAGAGAUAUCAGUUGGGAUCUGACUAAUUUACCUCAGCAACCUAGGCCGCCAUUUCAAAAAUGGAUCUGGAUGAACUUGGAAUCACCAACACACACUCCACAAAAGAGUGGGAUUGAGCAUCUAUUCAAUUUGACCCUCACUUAUCGUCGAGAUUCAGACAUUCAAGUGCCUUAUGGCUUUAUGGUAGUUAGCACAAGCUCCUUUCCAUUUGAAAUGCCGAAUAAAGAAAGACUGGUGUGUUGGGUCGUGAGUAACUGGAACCCAGAGCAUGCUAGGGUCAAAUAUUAUAAUGAACUAAGUAAAUACCUUGAGAUCCAUACCUAUGGACAAGCAUUUGGAGACUAUGUGAGUGAUAAAAAUUUGAUCCCAACCAUCUCCGCUUGUAAGUUUUACCUUUCCUUUGAGAAUUCUAUCCACAGAGACUAUAUCACAGAGAAGCUUUACAAUGCUUUUCUUGCUGGAUCUGUGCCAGUCGUUCUAGGUCCUCCUAGAGAAAACUAUGAGAAUUACAUCCCUUCUAGUUCUUUCAUUCACGUGGAGGAUUUUCUCUCUCCAAGGGACCUCUCAGAGUAUCUUCUUUUGCUUGACAAAAAUGAUAAACUGUAUGUUAGCUACUUCGACUGGAGGAAGGAUUUUUCAGUGCACCUUCCUCGAUUUUGGGAAUCACAUGCAUGCCUUGCCUGUGACCAUGUAAAAAGACACCAGGAAUACAG